CCGGCUGACUGGGAAAUGUCAGCCGCUGGGCUGAGGGGGUUCUCCUGUCCCUGGAACCCGUAGGCCUUGGGGUGACUGUCACCGCGGUCUCCUCGGAGCGUGGGUCUCGAACCCUGGCCAGGUACGGCGGUCGCGGUUUCCCGGUGCCUUCCAGACGCUGUCUGGCGAGAUCGGCGGUGAACAGAUAUGGUCCAGACUGUACAUGAACAACCUGAGUCAGACUGAGUGACAUCAAUAAUGAGUGGUGCAGCAUUGGGACUCGAGAUUGUUUUUGUCUUUUUUCUGGCAUUAUUCCUACUUCAUCGAUAUGGAGACUUUAAGAAACAGCAUAGACUUGUAAUUGUUGGAACACUGCUUGCUUGGUAUCUCUGCUUUCUCAUUGUCUUCAUCUUGCCACUGGAUGUUAGUACGACAAUAUACAACCGGUGUAGGCAUGCUGCUGCAAACUCAAGCCCUCCUGAGAGUAGCAAUGUUACAGGGUCCUAUGCAACUGUCAUCCCAGCUACGAGACAACACCCAUGUUUCAAACCAUGGAGUUAUAUCCCUGAUGGAAUCAUGCCAAUUUUCUGGAGGGUGGUAUAUUGGACAUCACAAUUUUUAACUUGGAUUUUGUUACCUUUUAUGCAGUCAUAUGCAAGAUCUGGUGGAUUUUCCAUUACAGGAAAGAUAAAAACUGCAUUGAUUGAGAAUGCAAUCUACUAUGGCACCUAUUUGCUGAUUUUUGGAGCAUUCUUAAUAUAUGUAGCUGUAAAUCCACGUUUGCAUUUAGAAUGGAACCAACUCCAGACAAUCGGGAUAGCUGCUGCCAAUACAUGGGGUCUUUUUCUUCUCGUGUUGUUGUUAGGGUAUGGGUUGGUGGAAAUUCCUCGUUCAUAUUGGAAUGGAGCAAAAAAGGGUUAUCUACUUAUGAAGACUUAUUUUAAGGCAGCCAAACUGAUGACAGAGAAAGCAGAUGCAGAAGAGAAUUUAGAGGAUGUUAUGGAGGAGGUUCGUAAAGUAAAUGAAAGCAUCAAAUAUAACCACCCAUUGAGAAAAUGUGUUGACACCAUACUUAAAAAGUGUCCUACAGAGUAUCAAGAAAAAAUGGGUAGGAACAUGGAUGAUUAUGAAGAUUUUGAUGAAAAGCGCAAUACUUACCCAAGUGAAAAAAGUCUAGUGAAACUACAUAAACAGGUGAUUUAUUCAGUACAGAGGCACCGUCGAACUCAAGUGCAAUGGCAAAUUCUUUUGGAACAAGCAUUUUAUCUGGAGGAUGUAGCAAAAAAUGAAACUAGUGCCACUCAUCAGUUUGUUCACACGUUUCAAUCCCCAGAGCCAGAAAAUCGGUUUAUUCAGUAUUUUUAUAAUCCUACAGUUGAGUGGUACUGGGAAUGUCUUUUGAGACCAUGGUUUUACAGGAUACUUGCUGUGGUGUUAUCCAUCUUCUCUGUGAUUGUUGUGUGGUCAGAGUGCACAUUCUUUAGCACAACUCCUGUCUUAUCCCUGUUUGCAGUCUUCAUCCAACUUGCAGAAAAAACAUACAAUUAUAUUUAUAUUGAGAUUGCUUGCUUCCUUUCCAUCUUCUUUCUAAGUAUCUGUGUUUAUUCUACUGUAUUCAGGAUUCGUGUAUUUAACUAUUAUUACUUGGCUUCUCAUCACCAGACCGAUGCUUACAGUCUUCUUUUCAGUGGCAUGUUGUUUUGCCGUUUGACUCCUCCAUUAUGUCUUAAUUUCUUGGGUUUGACCCAUAUGGAUGCAUCCAUCUCUCACCAGAAUACUCAGCCAACUGCUUAUACAUCUAUUAUGGGUUCCAUGAAAGUUUUAUCCUUUAUUGCAGAUGGAUUCUACAUAUAUUACCCUAUGUUGGUAGUAAUCCUCUGCAUUGCAACUUAUUUUAGUUUAGGAACCCGUUGCUUGAAUCUGCUUGGUUUCCAACAGUUCAUGGGAGAUAAUGAUAUGACAUCAGACUUAGUUGAUGAAGGAAAGGAAUUAAUCAGACGAGAGAAGAGGAAAAGGCAAAGACAAGAAGAAGGUGAAAAUCGAAGAAGAGAAUGGAAAGAACGAUAUGGACACAAUAGAGAAGAUUCUACCAGAAAUAGAAAUGUUCAUCCUGAUCCCAAAGAGUCCAAUUUCUCAGAUAUUAAUACCAAUUGGUCAUCCAAGUAUACUAGGGCUAACAAUAGGACUGAAAGGGACCGAAUAGAACUUCUUCAAGAUGCAGAACCUUUGGAUUUUAAUGCAGAAACAUUCACUGAUGAUCCUCUUGAAUCUGAAUCAGGAAGGUAUCAGCCUGGUGGUCGAUAUCUUUCAAUGUCCUCCAGUGUAAUAUUUGAAGAUAUUUAAAAUCA